CCGAGGCCGCACUCACCAUGGCUGCUGCGGCUGGCUUCCCUCGCUUCCACCGGGAGCCCGGCUCAUCCCAGCGCACAGACCGCGGCGGACGCCCGCACGCCCCGAGCAGAGCGACGCACCUGCGACCGCACGCACGAGCCGCCGAGCACCGGCGCCCGACGCCACGCCGCCGGCGCUGCCGCAAACGAAGCCGCAAAACUGUCGUAAAAGGGGUCGCGGAGGAGACGGAGAGUCGCGCCAGCGGCGGACGGGCGGAGAUGGCGACUUCGGGUUGGUGGAAGGAUUUCCUCAUGGUUGUGAUUCUUCUUCACCCCUUUGAAUUUGGAAGGAUGGCAUACACAUAUGAAAAACAAAAGCAAGCCUGGCAGGUUUCUUCGGAAAAGUGGCCAUCCAUGGAAUGAAUGAAAUGUUCUCUUUCCAUUCCAAUCCAACUCAGAAAUCAUGUUUCAUUCAAGAUAAGGCUCGUGGUUCAGGAGAUUGUGACCUGGCUUGCAUCAUUCCAAGACUUCUAUCAUCUGUUUUCCAAACCCGAGGAGGACCUUGUUUUCUGUGUGAUAGUGCCUCAUGCUUUGCCAGUCACUGGGUCUUUAAGGAAGCUUGCCAGGGGUUCCCGGCUGGGAAGGACAGUUCGAAUUCAUCAUAGACAGUGAGCUGGCACCACAGUUUAAGUGACUCACCAACCUGGUUGCCCACUUCAGCAUGUCAAGAACCACGCUAUCUAAUUGAAAGAACUGUGUUUCAGCAAAGUGUAAUUGGAUUGCACGGCAAGAUCAGCUCAAACUGCUUCUGACCUUGCCUUUCAGUGGCUGUUUUGAGCACAAGAGGAGAAAGGAAAUGGUUCUUGAAUUACAUUUGGUUUUUAAAAAUUAAGACUAAUUAAUAUAUACUUGGUUUUAUGUUCAUUCCUUUGUAGGAACUUAAUGAUUAUUACGAAACAGUCAACAUAGGUCAUAGUAAAAUCAACAUUUAAGAUGAGGUUAAAACAUUCCUCUGAAAUUUUAGUAUUCACUUUUGAAGUGUCAAUUACUAUAUUUCUGUAAUUUCUCAUUUUUUCUUGGCUUAGAGUCAAGAUGAAAAAUGAUAUUUGAAUCAAAGACAUUGUUUUGUUAUAUAGCCACUGCUUUCUAAAAUGCAAAUCUACCCUGCUUCACCAGUGCUUCAUUAUUUGUGCACACACACACAGACACACACACACACACACACACACACAGACACACACACACACAGAGCCAGCACCCAAAUGGCAGAGGAGGUCCUUUCAAGACUUCUAGGACCUGGAUCAUGUACAUAGCAGAUGAGAAAAUGAAGUAAGAGAUAGAGAGCAAUGACAGUAAAAGUCAGUGAUUUCAGUUUAUAAAAAGUCAUUGUGUAGUACUCAGAUAUUUUUAAAGACAAGUAUUAUUAAAGUAUAGUAUACUUCUAAAUUAUUAUGAUUCUCAUCCAAUUUCAAGUCACACAUAGGAGCCAUUUUAAAGCAUUUUGUGUUACAACCUAUCAACAAAAACCAACUAAUCGAGUUUUAUAAUGUGCAUAGGUUUACCCCAUGGGGAAUUAAAAUUUUUAUCUGCAAGUAUUUCUAUUGUUGUGAGACUUUAGGACAAGACAACAUUUGGUAUUAACAUAGAAGAAUAUUCCAUGGCUUUUUUUUUAGCUUUGAUGUUCUUUAAAAUGAAGUAUACAUGGUAUUUUUUUUCUUCCUAGUGUUCUCUUGUUAUAUGUAGAGUAUUUUCAGUUGUUGUUUUUAACAUAUACAUUAUUUUUAUUAAGUCAUUUGGUAAAAGAUAAAAUAUAUAAUAAUGGCCCCUUGCUUUUCUCCUAAUUUAAUUAUUUCAAGUCAAGCAAAACUGGACACUUUUCUUUCAGGAAAAAAAAAAACCUUGAACAUGAUUUUGAGGCAAAAAUGAUGACUUACAGCAUCUUCUCUCCGACAGACUAGCAUUUAUGAUGGUUCUUAUUUCAAAGUUGGUUAUUCUCAAAGAAAAGGGGAGAUAUUAGAAUUUCCAAGUAAAUUGCGUUGUUUUAAAAAAUCCUUGAAUGCAUUGUUCAUAUUGUUGCCAGCUACUGACCAAGAAAGGGGAGAAGAAAAAAGAAACAAAGCAGUAUCUGCUCCAAAUGUCAAAUUUUGCAGUUUGAAAGACUUGUAAGUUCUAAUUGCUUUUUUUUCUUUUUUGGAAAGCAGUAGUAAUUAAUACCAAAGGCAUAGACAAUUUAGGGCCGUAACCUCCCUUCCCACCACCCCCAACCUUUUUUUUUUUUUUUUAAACUUUAACCAUGAUAGGCAUCUCUGCAAGGUAGGUUUUAACAUAUUUUUUUCCUAAUUUUUUUCCCUCCAUUCAGUAAGAGGGAUAAGCUUUUAGAGUACCCAGUCACCGUGGUAACUGCCAAAAAAAUUCUCCUGAAGUUUGAAGAGGUCAGCUAGCAGGGCCAGCAACCCUGGCCUCUGAGCGCGGUCUAGCAUGCCCCAGCCUGCGGUUGGAGUGUCAGGCCAGAUCUGACCCUGGGAGGUGGACCAUUCUGGCUCUGAUAUAAAUUUUUCGAGUCAGUUCAUGGCCUGGACUCUCCAGGUGGCCUCCAAAAUCGAUUUUGACCCCCUGACCCUGUCUCACGGAGGCAUAGCAUCCACCCUAAGUAAGGAUUUAGCCAGGAGUGACAGCUUUCCACUGAGUGUUAUUGGGGACAGUAUAAACAGUUUGGAAAGCAAGUAAGAAGGUGUGAGUGCUAGAAGUCAUUAAGAGCACAUUAAAAAACAAUUUUAAAAAGUAUUUAUCAAAAGAAGUUUAUAAUGUGUGUCUGUUACAGAAUUCCUGUGAUCUGUAGUUUUCCAGCCAGUUUUGAAUAUAAAUAGGUCACAUAUGUUUAUCUUCUUGCAUACUUUAUUACAAAUAUUUAAAUAAGACAGGCAUGUUUGCUACAAAAGAGGUAUAGCAGGAAUGUAAUAUGCUCAGAAGAGGCAAGCUAGUUAUUAAAACACAUUCACAGGUGAAGAGUUUCUAAUAUUUUAAAUACUAAAAUUUUGCAUGUAUGUUUUUAAAAUGGAAGAAUAAGGAACUUUAAAAAAAAAAAAAAAAAAAACAGCAACCUACAGUCUGGAAUAAAGAUAAACUUGUUGCACUCAAGGUUUUUACUUUGUAAAACAAGAAGCCAAUGCACUCAUUUGAAUAAAAAUGAGAGAAAAAUAUAGAGAGUUACAUCUUAUAGAGCUAAAGAGGAAUGAAACAAAAAAAAGUCUCUGAAUAACUUUAUGUAUUUUCAACAGUUUAAGAUAUCAGAACCUAGAAAAUAAAUAUGAUACAUAUGAACCAUCAGUGGUUAUUCCCUUUUCCUUCCUACACCCCCCUCCCUCCAAGGAUGCCAUGCUGAAUGUUUUAUAUUCUCUAGGAAAGUAGAGUUCUCUUUGAGAGUUCUAGCCUGUGAACUCAGUAUGUAAAUGUGGCCAUCAGGAAGAUGAACUGUCACGAGGAAAGAUUAUGUUUCUCUUUCUUAAAACCAUUCACAGCAUUUCUUCUCCCAGUGCUUUACUCAGAGUUCUUCCCUUUUCUCAGCUCUGUUGAAAAUGGCUUCAAAAGCAACGCUGCAGUGGCUAAACCAAUUGUGCUGUGAAGUUGUUGAGAUGCCAUUUCAUCUGAAUGCUUUGUAAAAAUUAGAUUUUUAAGUAGGGGUGAAUAUCCUUUUGGGAGAGGGAAUGGAGUGAGUAGAAGAAGAGGGGGAAGGAUGGAGCAAUUAGUAUAUGUAUAUAUAUAUAUACUCUGUGUUUGAAGGCCUCUGUGUCUUGGCUUCUCACUACGUUAAAUCCCUAUUAUAAAACUUAUCUUCACAAAGCCUAUUAUAGUAUUCUGAGAACAAAUUGGACCAUGAAUAACUUAGUUGGAAGUGUAGAUUAUUUUCUACUCAGGGGAAGUUAGGGAUGACAACCGCUUAACUGAAAGAAUAGUGAUUAAUCUUAAAUAGGUGGAUUUCAAAGUUUCACUCUUGAUAAACAGUACCUUUGAUAUUUCCCCCUUCAGACUCACGUUCCCACUCUCUUUGUGUUAAGAAUUGUCCUAGUGAUUACACUGUCCCCCUAACAUAGCUCAAAGUGUAGGUCAUUUUUUUCCAGGUUGUUAAUCUGUCAGAGGUGACCAGAAGGAUUCUCUACUUCCUGUUGGUUAAAUCGAUGAUUCCAAAGUGGUACUAGGCUUAGAUACAAAAGUCGAUGAUAAAAAUGUCUUGCAUAAAUCAUAGUUCACUUCGAUAAAAUUCUUAUUUAAACUUUUUAAUUUGCUUAAUGCCCUGUAGCUUACAAAGCACUUUUUAAUUCAUAAUUUUGUUUAAUCCUUAGAAUGAUAUUAUAAGAUAAACAAAACUCAUCAAUCCCAUUUUACCUGUGAUUGCACACUGUGAUUGAGCUAAUAAAGGG